AUGAAUCAUGCAGCCCCGGUGGAGAUCUGCUACGAAAACAUGCGUUUUCUUAUAACCCGCAAUCCCAACAGUGCUACGAUGCACAAGUUUACAGGGGAGCUUAAGACCCACGGAGUGAAAACCUUGGUCAGAGUUUGUGAUGCCACGUAUGAUAAAGUGAUAGUUGAACAACUUGGCAUCCGCGUUCUUGACCUGCCCUACCACGACGGAGCCCCGCCCCCUGAUGAGGUAGUGUAUGAGUGGCUAGAGCUGCUAAAAUCCAGAUUCCAGGAGGAGCCGGGUUCCUGUGUGGCAGUGCACUGUGUGUCGGGGCUGGGAAGGGCACCUGUGCUGGUAGCGCUUGCUUUGAUAGAAAGCGGAAUGAAGAAUGAAGACGCGGUUCAUUUUAUCCGACAGAAACGAAGGGGCGCGUUCAAUACCAAACAGCUGCUUUUCUUGAAGAACUACGAGCCCAAGACGCCGGCCAGGACCAAGUCGCGCUUCAGGGAGUCCAAGGUGCAUUGCUGCGUUCAGUAG